AUGAAGCUCAACUUAACCCAGACAGCUGCCAUCCUCGCAUUCUGCGGAGUUGCUACCGCACAAAACUCCCAGAAUGGCCAAGUUAAUGGUCAAGUCAGUGGUCAAGGUAACAUCGUAGCUCAAGGUGCUGCAAGAGCCAACGGCAACGGUGCCGGUGCUGCUGCAGGCGCUGAUAGCAACAUUGCUAUCCUUCAAGGUAACACCAACAACGGCGGUAACGUCCUCGUCAACCAAGGUAAUGCUUCAUACAUUACUCAAAUCGUCAACGCCUACGCUACCUAUUUGCCCGCACCUACCACUAUCACUCACCAGAACUCUGUCGUUACUGUAACAAAACCAGGAUGGGUCACCAUCAGUGCUUGCCCAACUGGCUGCACCAUCAUCAACAAGGUCGACACACCACCUACCGUGACCCCAGUUGGACCAGUCAUCUCCAAGACAACAGGCCACGCUUCCCCUGUCGCGACCACAUCUGUUAAACUCACAAUUGUCCCCGUUAUUUCAACUGUCAAUAACACAGCAGUUCUUGUUUCCUCAACUGCCAAGAUCACAAUAGUCCCUGUUUCUUCAGUUGCCAAGACCACAAUAGUUCCUGUUUCCUCAACGGUUCAAACCACUAUUGCCAGAAUCACAACAGGACCUGCUUCCUCUGUAGUUCCAGGUAUCGUCUCCGUCGCCGUCCCUAUCUUCAAAAACGGAACCACCACUGCCGCUACUGUCCCAGCUGUUGUACUUACCUCAGCUCGUGUCUCCAAUGGAACCAUUGUUGCUACGGCUGGUUCCCCUGCUCAGACUCAAGCUGGUCAAUCUGGUCCUGCUGGUCAAGCAGGUCAAUCUGGAGCUGGUCAAUCUGGUCAAUCUGCGCCAGGUCAAUCUGCGCCAGGUCAAUCUGCACCAGGUCAAUCUGCACCAGGCCAAUCUGCACCAGGUCAAUCUGCACCAGGCCAAUCUGCACCAGGCCAAUCUGCACCAGGUCAAUCUGCACCAGGUCAAUCUGCACCAGGCCAAUCUGCACCAGGUCAAUCUGCACCAGGUCAAUCUGGAACCGGUCAAUCUGGUCAACCUGGAGUUGGUCAACCUGGCGCUGGUCAAGGCGGAGCUGGUCAAACUGGUCCCGCUGGUUCCGCAGGUCAAGCUGGUCAAUCUGCGCCAGGUCAAUCUGCACCAGGCCAAUCUGCGCCAGGUCAAUCUGCGCCAGGUCAAUCUGGUCAACCUGGAGCUGGUCAACCUGGUCGACCUGGCUUUACUGGCCCCGCUGUAUCAGGCACAACCUCAUCUAAUGGCUCCAGCACUAGCGGCCCAGUCACCUUCCAAGGUGCUGCUUCUGCCAACGGCGUCAGCGCUGCUGCAGCUCUCGCUGCCGUCGCUGCCAUCGCCAUGGCUUUGUAA